AUGAAAGCAUGUCAAAGAAAUGUAUCUAAAUUUUUCACAUUUGAAUCUCGUAGGAAUUAUGCUAACAGUUCUAUUUUUUGUAAUCAAAUAAAAUUUAGUUCGAAACAAAAAGAUGUUUAUGAACAAACUGCACGAACACUAGUUGAUUCCGUACUUGAAGGUUUUAAUGGAACUAUAUUUGCUUAUGGUCAAACUGGAACAGGAAAAACAUUUACAAUGGAAGGUAUUCGUUCACAACCGGACUUACGUGGUAUUAUUCCAUCAUCAUUUGCACAUGUAUUUGAUUCCAUAGCUCAUAGUACUUCAAGACAAUUUCUUGUUCGAGCUUCUUAUUUAGAAAUAUAUAAUGAAAGUAUUCGUGAUCUUCUUUCACGAGAUCAAAAUAAACGUUUACAAUUACAAGAACAUCCAAAAGAAGGUGUACAUGUACAUGAUCUUAGUUCAUUUAUUACAAAAAAUUCUCCUGAAAUUGAACAUGUUAUGACAACAGGAAAUUUAAAUCGUUCAACAGGAGCAACAAAUAUGAAUGAACAUAGUUCACGAUCACAUGCUAUUUUUGUAAUUACUAUUGAAAGUAGUGAGAUUGGUGCUGAUGGAAAAGCACAUAUUCGUGUUGGAAAAUUAAAUCUUGUUGAUUUAGCUGGUAGUGAACGUCAAGCAAAAACAGGAUCAACUGGUGACCGUUUUAAAGAAGCAACAAAUAUUAAUUUAUCACUUUCUGUACUUGGUAAUGUUAUUUCUGCUCUUGUUGAUGGUAAUUCACAUAUUCCUUAUCGUGAUUCAAAAUUAACUCGAUUAUUACAAAAUUCACUUGGUGGUAAUUCAAAAACAAUUAUGAUUGCUACACUUGGACCUGCUGAUUAUAAUUAUGAAGAAUCACUUACGACACUUCGAAAAUCAACUCCAAAUAGUGGAGGUUAUGAUAAUUAUUCAUCAUCGGCAUCACGUGCUGGUUAUGGAGAUAUACAAACAGGUCGCGGUAUGAAUAGUGCUCGACGAUAA